AUGGCAACGUCACGGCCGACGAGCCUUGCCAUUCCGCGGACUGCCUCGCCUUUCCUCAAUCCUCCCUCCCUGGCAGACAUUCUCUCCGACAGCGCACCACAGCCAUGGACCCUCGGCGCCUUUAUGGCAUUCCUGUCACAGAACCAUUGCUUGGAGACGCUGGAAUUCAUACUCGAUGCGGAGCGAUAUAGAGCAGCACACUUGCAGACAUCACAAGGCCAACUCUACCUCGGGUCCCACCACAUCAGCGAACUAUGGCAGAAGAUUAUCGAGGCCUACAUAAUGCCCUGUGCGCCGCGAGAAGUGAAUCUGCCAGCUCGGGUGCGCGAUCGUCUUCUGGGGCUUACGUUUUCCCUGUCGAACCCGGUUGACCCAUCUGAGCUGGAUGAAGCUGUUCACAUCGUCCGGGAGUUGAUGAACGACUCGGUGCUGGUGCCGUUUCUCGAGUCCAUGAUGCCGGCAGCGGUCCAGGUGCAUGCCGACGAUGAACCUCGUGAAGCAAGGCAAGGCCGAUCUCGUCUACGGUUGUCACGCGAAGCUGUGACGAAACGGGAACCCAGCCAAUCUCCCCGGACAAGCCUCCUCCCGCUGUUCGGCAGGGGACGCAACAGCCUUGCAGCGCUGAAUCGGUCCAACUCCGGUUCUAUCGACUCGCCGGAUCUCGACCUGACCGAUGACAGUAAUAGUCCAGGUUCGACGCCUGGGUCCGAGCCCGUGACGCCGCCAACAACGCCACCCACCUCGGACUACUCGUUCGGCACCUCGCCGAACACGCUGCAACGGGCAAUAUCGGGCAAUGGCUGGAAGAAGGUCGGAGCUAAGCUGGGACUGGGUAGGAAAAGCAGGUCCUCGCGGCGUACGAACCAGCCUGGAGCGCCAUCCUCUAAUCCUACCAUCACCACCACUACCGAAUUGGGCAUCAGUAACCCGGCGCUGACAACGCACGAGGCUGAUGAUACGACGAGAAGUUCGUGGGAAGAUCCCCAUCCCGGAGACCGAUUCUCGAUCUCCUUCGGAAAAUCUGGCGGAUCGAACACCGAUUCUCAGAUUUCUAGUGGCGAUGCGAUGGGUGGCGUGGCCGCAAAAGCGCUAAGCGCAUAUGACGGCGAUGGACCUUGGAUCCGGCGUCGUGUCCGCAUACGGCACCGCCAUACGAUGCCGAAGCCUCUGAAAAUUCCUGCCCAGGUGCCGGAGGAGCUGGAAGCGAAGAGCGCCCCGCUGAUCUCGUCGCGAUGCUGCGACGUGACGACUUCUCCGUCACCAUUACUAUUUUUACCUCUUAUAGAACCCCUUGGACCUCUCGAGAUUGAUACCGACAGCGAAACAGAGGUUGGCAUCGAGGUCGGCACCGUCGUAGAUGACAUGGAAGUCGACAACAUCAAGCUGGCAUCAGUCAGUCAUAGCUGUUUGACCGACUUCUCAAACUAUCUGAGCAUGACGCGUCUGGACGACGACAACGACGGCACCUCCGUAAGUGUUGUCGAUUCUGAUGCUUUCACACGAACCGGAUCCGCAGACGACCUAUAUGGUUGGGAAGCCGAACUUAAUCGCCAGAUCGAUUGUGGUAUGGACAAUGCUGGUACUACGUGUGACUGUCAUCACUAUCAGUACCAAAGCAGCGACUUUACCAAGCGGGGUAUUCUACACCGCGUGUUCUCGCCCUCCGGCAGACGGGUCAACACCACCCCCUGA